AUGGCACAUGAUAAAGCUUUAGCACACAAGGAGGAAAGGAUCCGUUCAGUAAAACAAAACUCUUACAGUGAAGCAUAUUUAAAGUGCUCUAUUUACUUGCAGAUUGGCCGCCUUCAAGAUCUGGUAAGGAAAAGUGAACAAGGUCUUGGCUCUGCUGAAGGACUCAUUGCUAGUCUUCAGGACUCCCAGGAAAGGCUUCAGAAUGAGCUUGACUUGACAAAAGGUCGGCUAAAGGAGACCAAGCACACUCUAUUAAAUGUUGAGGCUGAGCUAGAACAAGAGAGGCACCAGCAUGAGGAAACACUGGCUGCCAUGAAAGAAGAAGAGAAGGUCAAAGUGGACAAGAUGGCCCAUGACUUGGAGAUAAAGUGGACUGAGAAUCUGAGGCAAGAGUGUUCUAAACUUCGUGAAGAGUUGAGGCUUCAACAUGAAGAAGAUAAGAAGUCAGCAAUGUCUCAACUGUUACAGUUGAAAGAGCGAGAGAAAAACGCAGCCAGGGAUUCAUGGCAGAAGAAAGUUGAAGAUCUCUUAAACCAGGUAGUUAGUAGUCUGCACUUUAUGACUGUUCAGUUUCUUGACAUUCUAUAGCUGGGGAAAUACUGUAAAAUACUGUAUUCAGUUUGUCUUAGGGA